CCCUUCGAUACUGGUUACUCCGACUUGGGCCACUCUACUUCAGAGGAGAUCUACGUUCAUGGCUCCAAAGUUUCUAGCCAUUUUAGUGGUAGCUUUCGGAUGCUGCAUGCAGAAUGUAAGUCUAAUGCAUACAUGAAUUCAGAUGUGUUCAUUUCGAUGCCAACGGGAUCGGGAAAAUCACUCUGUUUCCAACUUCCUGCCGUCUGCUCAAGUGGUGUCGCGCUGGUGGUCUCCCCUCUCCUUGCUCUUAUUAACGAUCAGCUAGCUCAUUUAUCUCAUUUGCGAAUCAAUGCUGCCACUAUUAACUCUCGUCUGACUGAAAAGCAGCGAAAAGAUGUGGUAGAGAAAUUACUUAAUAGCAAUAUUAUGAAAAAUGGGUUGCCAAAAUUGCUUUACAUCACACCGGAACAGCUGCAAACAGAGGCUUUCGCAAACCUUGCCAAAAAGCUUUAUAAGGCGGGAUCUCUGAGUUACUUUGUGGUUGACGAAGCACAUUGUGUAUCAGAGUGGGGUCAUGACUUUCGACCGGCUUAUCUCUGCCUUGGGAAGGCACGAAACGCUCUUUUCCCUUCGAUACCGUGUAUAGCUCUGACUGCUACAGCAACACCUCGAGUUCAGACAGAUAUAAUCAAUAAUUUGCAUUUAGGAUUCAAAGAAUUUAAAUGUGGAAUUUUCAGAAAAAAUCUUUUCUACGACGUCGUUUUUGCGGAUUUGUUGGAAAAUCCAUACGAAGAUUUUCAGAAAAAUAUAGGUUCCGGAAUCAUAUAUUGCCGUACACGAUUUGAAUGUGAGACCAUGGCUUCGCGACUUUCAUCACAGGGAUUACCUACCCGGGCAUACCAUGCAGGACUUUCCAAAGAAGAUCGUGAAAGCGUGCAGCUGGAUUGGUCCACGGAUUUGAUACCUGUCGUCGCAGCAACCAUCAGUUUCGGGAUGGAUUUAUUGCUUGUAGGAAUCGGAAUCUUUUCACUUAGAGAGAAAUCACGCAGAAAAUACUCGUUAAUUUUCAUUCUGUUUAACAAUGAGACCAAUUUAAUGAAAAAAUUACAAUCACUAUCCACGAAACCGCCCACCGAAGCGGUGAUCCCAAAGAAUCUCCAAACCCUGAAACGCAACAAUGCAGCUGAAUCAAGCCAGCUACCUGCUAUCUUUCAAGAUGGCGGAGAAGCUCUCUUGAGAGGGCCUGCGAGACUGUUCUGGAAGAUCUAG